AUGAAGCAUUAUGACGGGUCUAAGGACCCAAAGGACGAUGUAGAGGUCUUCGAAGGCCUCAUGGAUUUCCAAGCGGCCUUAGACGCCAUUAAAUGUCGAGCUUUCCAGAUCGCUCUCACGGGGAGCGCUUGGCUCUGGUAUCGAAGGUUGCUGGCAAGGUCGAUCUCGACCUAUAGUCAGCAGAGGAAAGAGUUCAUCAGCCAAUUCUCUUCUCAGCACUAUGACAGGAAGACUGCCACUCWUCUCGCCACCAUCCGACAGAAAGAAGGUGAGACUUUAAGAGAAUACGUGACCCGUUUCCAAGAGGAGCAACUCAAGGUCACGCAUUGCUUCGAUGAUUCGGCCAUGUGUUACUUACUCACUGAGGUCUUGCAGAAGGCCAAGAAGGUUAUAGACGGGCAGGAACUGCUCAUAACCAAGCUAAGCCAGACCGACAAGAGGUUCGACCAAAAAAAGUCAGGAGCCCAAGAGAAGGAGAAGUUCGACUCUAAGUCUAAGGACAAGGGGUCAUCUUCUCAGGGACGAACUGACUACAGGAGGUCCGAUUCGGAUUCGAGCCGGAGGGGGCCGUACGAGCGGUAUACCCCAACCACCAUUCCGAUCUCCGAGAUUUAA